AUGACUUCAUUGCUUCGACGACCAGGCAAUCUCGCCCGGUACUCGAGGAGAGUAGCCGACAGCGUCUUCCGCGCCGGGCCGCUCACCGUGCAUGCCCCCCAAUCCCGCGUCUCGGCCCUGAUCCUCGCGCAACGAGCGCGCACAUACGCCACGCAGCAACCCGGCGACAACGGCUCGAAGCCGCCAGCAAACGGGAAUGGCCAGGACAAGAAGACGGAGAGCACAAACGGUCAAUAUGGCAAUGCCAAGGCGAAGAACACCCCCCAGCACGCCAUCACACCCGAAGACGAGCAGCUGCUCAAUCGGUUCGUCGAGGAGAUGAAGACACGGAUGGAUUUCGAGCCGGCUAAAUCGAUGGUGGAGGAAAUGCGACAAAAGUGCAUGGUCUGCGGCUUGAAUCCGGACAUGAGGUCUUAUAUGGAACAAGUAGUCCAAGGGAAGACACCGUCAUUUUUAAGGGAUCACACAGAUCCCAGCAAACACACGAAGGCGGACAUUCAAGAAAUGAAGAAACAUCUGGAUGAUCUCAGGAAAAGACGAGCAGAAGCCCGGGCGGCAUCUGGGAAAGGACAACAGCAGAAAGACGGGAAAGGACAGCCAAAUGGCGAGCCACCCAAGUUCACCGAGAUCAAACUUGAUGUUCCGUCAAUCUUGAUCGGUUCCCUCGUCUUCUUCUGGUUUUAUACCAGUCUGUUCCCUUCGGAGAACAAACAGGAUAUCACUUGGCAGGAGUUUAGAGCGGAUUUCCUCGAGAAGGGCUUGGUGGAGAAGCUAGUUGUGAUCAACAACAACCGAGUGCGAGUUUAUCUGGAUCGUGAUGCGGUUGCCUCCGUAUAUCCCGGCUCGCCUGCUCAGAAUGGCAACUUCUACUAUUUCUUCAGCAUCGGUUCUGUCGACAGCUUUGAACGGAAACUUGAUGCAGCGCAGGAGGAACUCGGUAUUCCAAGCGCGGAGCGAAUUCCCGUUCAAUAUUCUGAGGAGGUUCCAUUGGCAGCUACACUUUUGUCUUUUGCUCCUACGGUCCUUCUUCUCGGCGGACUCUUUUUCCUGUCGAGACGUGCAGGCGGCGGAGGUGGCCAGAGCGGUAUUUUCGGCAUUGGCAAAAGUCGGGCCAAACGGUUCAACCACGAGUCGGACAUCAAAAUCAAGUUCUCCGAUGUGGCUGGCAUGGACGAAGCGAAACUGGAGAUCAUGGAGUUCGUUAGCUUUUUGAAGAACCCUAAGAAGUUUCAGAAACUGGGAGCCAAGAUUCCUCGCGGUGCUAUUCUUUCGGGCCCUCCUGGUACAGGUAAGACUUUACUCGCCAAGGCUACUGCUGGUGAGUCUGGCGUUCCCUUCUUCAGCGUCAGCGGCUCUGAAUUCGUCGAAAUGUUUGUUGGUGUCGGUCCUUCGCGUGUGCGCGACCUUUUUGCCAAUGCCCGUAAGAACACUCCCUGCAUCAUCUUCAUCGACGAGAUCGACGCUAUCGGCAAAUCGCGUUCCAAGAACCACAUGGGCGGUGGAAAUGAUGAGCGCGAGAGUACUUUGAACCAAAUUCUCACCGAAAUGGAUGGUUUCAACACUUCUGAUCAAGUGGUUGUGUUGGCUGGUACGAACCGACCCGACAUUUUGGACAAGGCUUUGAUGCGUCCCGGUCGAUUUGACCGACAUAUUUCCAUCGACAGACCUACCAUGGAUGGUCGCAAGCAGAUCUUUGCUGUCUACCUGAAGAAAAUCGUGACCAAUGAGGAUAUCGAGUACUUGAAAGGACGACUUGCGGCCUUGACCCCUGGAUUUGCAGGUGCUGACAUCGCGAACUGUGUGAACGAAGCGGCACUCGUUGCGGCCCGUGAAAAUGCGGAGAGCAUUACAAUGAAGCACUUCGAGCAGGCGAUCGAGCGUGUAAUCGGUGGCUUGGAAAAGAAAUCACUUGUACUCUCUCCCGAGGAAAAGCGUACAGUUGCAUAUCAUGAAGCUGGACAUGCUAUCUGUGGCUGGUACUUCCGUUGGGCCGAUCCUCUUCUCAAGGUUUCUAUCAUCCCCCGUGGUCAGGGAGCAUUGGGUUACGCCCAGUACUUACCUUCCAACGGUGAUACCUACCUGAUGAACGAGAGGCAGAUGCUGGACCGUAUGGCCAUGACGCUUGGUGGCCGUGUCAGCGAAGAAUUGCACUUCGAUACCAUCACCACUGGCGCCAGUGACGAUUUCAACAAAGUAACCAGGAUGGCCACCGCCAUGGUAACCAAGUAUGGCAUGUCUCCUAGUCUCCGUUAUAUCUUUUACGAGGAGGACCCUCAAUCGCAGAUGCACAAGCCUUUCUCGGAAGAAACGGCGCGCAAUAUUGACAUGGAAGUCCGUUCAAUCAUUGCCAAGGCACACAAGCAAUGCCGCGACCUCCUAGAGGCGAAGAAGAAGGAAAUCGGCAUCGUGGCCGAAGAACUUCUGGCCAAAGAAGUUCUCAGCCGAGACGAUAUGAUUCGUCUUCUGGGCCCGCGGGAAUGGCCCGACUCUGGCGAGUUCGCCAAGUACUUCGAUGGUCGCUCCGGCGCCACGAUUGCUCCCCCCGACCCGACCCAGACGGACGACAGCGCCAAAGGAAAGGAUGGACGUGACUCAACGCCAAUCCCACCAUAG